AUGGACAAUCCUGAACUAUUGAUCUGCCAUGCGUGUGGCGAAGACUGGGUUCGGGAUUCCAAUCAUUACGACAACCGCCUCUUGUGCCCCAGCUGCGGGUCCGAUUUCGUACAGAUCAUAGAAGAGAGUCCUGCCCCCCCUGAACGUGAACGUGACGCUUUUCCCCGCUCUGCUAUAAGCCCCUUCACGGACCAUAACCCUUGGGAUCAAGAUCAAGAUCAAGAAUCACCUCCACAUCCGGGCUCCGCAGCAUACGACCCCAUGGAUUUCGCUUUCCCCGGUUAUUCCCAUCAUACCUACCGGUCUCCUGAUGGACGUUUCUCUUUCAGUUCCUCCACUGUCCGGGGGAGCUUCCCACCCCGCCAUGGUGCUGGUGGUGGCGGCGCUGGCGCUGGCGCUGGCACUUAUUCAAACCCCAUGAUACCCAUGCUCCAAACAUUGCAGACAAUACUGGGAGACAUUUCAGAUGCACAUGAUAUUGACCAUCGCAAUAAUAAUCAUCAUCAUAACCACCACACAGAGCAGCAGUAUGGGAAUAGAAGCCCCAGGCCGGAAGAGUCAUCACGUCGAUAUUCGCCAGACCCCGAUCCCACAGGCACAGAUGAAUAUGCGGGAUUCGAAGGACUAUUCCCGCGCGACUCAGAUAGACCUCAACGCAUGUCGCCGCCUGUCGAAAACCUGUCCGAUCUUCUAGGAACCUUCCACUAUAAUUCCAGCUCAAGGCGUCGGACCGGAAGACCGAACCCCCAAAUGCCGAUGGGACCUGACCCGCUCGGGAUGCUCAGCGCAAUGUUGGAAAUGGCUGACCCGAGGCAAACGCGCCGAUACGGUGACGCCGUCUAUUCCCGCGAAGCGUUGGAAGAAGUCAUCGCCCAGCUUGGUCAACAAGACGCACAGGGUGCCGGCCCGCCGCCAGCAACCAAUACCGCUAUCCAGUCACUUCCUAAGAGGAAAGUCAAUAAGGAGAUGUUAGGAACGGACGGUAAAGGCGAGUGUGCUAUCUGCAAGGAUGGUGUCGAACUAGAUACCGAAGUCACGAUGUUGCCUUGCGAGCAUUGGUUCCACUUCGACUGUAUCGAAGCGUGGCUGAGCAGACACAAUACUUGCCCGAAUUGUCGUCGGAGUAUCGAUCCUGCUGCGAGCCCCCGUGAAGGCACCAGCGAAAACCCGAUCAAUAUCCAGGAUAGCCCCGGACAGCCACAACAGCAACAACCCGCACCCGGCCAGCGUCGACGGCGCAGCUCGCCAUUUUCGCGCAGUUCUCGUACCAGUGCCCGUUCUUCGUUUUCGCGGUCCAGCAACAACUCACCGACGCAGGACGCGAAUGAACCAUCGCGGCCCAGACGCUCCAGUCGGAGCGAAGGGCAUCAUCGUGGUGGAAUUACCGGCUGGGUCUGGAGCCGGCUUGGUGGUGGUGGUAGUGGCAGUGCAUGA